CAAAACAAAAACAAAAAAAAAUCCAGAAUCCAAUCAUAUGAAAAAGAUUGCUGAUUAGCACUCUGACAUGCCGGAACGAGGCAACCAUUCGAAAUUUCCACACCUUCUGUUGACUCCCUGGGCAUCUAACAUCAGCUUUAAGAAGCUAAUAGUUCGCCACGGAUCUGUCCUAUCAGCAACCUGCGUCUGCGUGCCUACGUGCGGCACCAGGCCGGCCACCAGCGGACGGGAGGACGAUGGAGGCCGUGUCUCGCCGCUCCCUGGAGCUGCCCGUCGCCGGGACGCCGGCGGCCGAUCCAGACAGCGCCCGGCUGCACCAACUGGGCUACAAGCAGGAGCUCAAGCGCGGCCUCUCCGUUCUUUCCAACUUCGCCCUGUCUUUCUCGAUCAUCGCCGUGAUGAUGGGCGUGACGACAACGUACAACACCGGGCUUCGCUACGGCGGGCCGGCCUCCAUGACGCUGGGCUGGCUCGUCGUCGCGGCGCUCAACGGCUGCGUCGCGCUGUCCAUGGCGGAGAUCUGCUCGGCCUACCCGACCUCCGGCGGGCUCUACUACUGGAGCGCCAAGCUUGCCGGCAAGGAAUGGGCUCCACUCGCUUCCUGGGUCACUGGAUGGUUCAACAUCGUGGGACAGUGGGCUGGUACCACGAGUGUGGACUUCUCGUUGGCGCAGCUCGUCCAAGUGAUCAUCCUGCUUGGCACCGGGGGGCGCAACGGCGGCGGCUACAUGGCGUCCAAGUACGUCGUGCUGGCCAUCUAUGGUGCCAUCCUGGUCACGCACGGGCUGGUCAACAGCCUCCCUAUCCAGUGGCUGGCAUGGUUCGGCCACCUCGGAGCAUUCUGGAACGCCGCAGGUAUAUUUGUUCUGGUGAUCUUGAUUCCAGCGGUUGCAAAGGAAAGGGCAAGCUUGGAGUUCAUCUUCACACACUUGAACACGGACAAUGGCAUGGGGAUCCACCACAAGGCUUACAUUCUAGCCAUCGGGUUGCUGAUGAGCCAGUACUCUCUCAUCGGCUACGACGCGUCUGCACACAUGACAGAGGAGACGAAGAACGCGGACCGGAGCGGGCCGACGGGGCUGGUCACCGCCGUCGCCCUGUCGAGCGCGUUCGGGUGGGUCUUCCUGGUGGCCCUGACGUCGCUCAUGACGGAGGACAUCCCAUCCCUCCUGGACCCCGGCAACGACGCCGGCGGGUACGCCGUCGCGCAGGCUCUGCACAGCGCCUUCCGUAGGAGGUACGGCAGCGGCGCCGGGGCGCUCCUGUGCUUGGGGAUCGUCUCGGUCACCACCUUCCUGUGCGGCACCGCGUGCGUGACCAGCAACUCGAGGAUGGGGUACGCCUUCUCCAGGGACGGGGCGAUGCCCUUCUCGCGCUUCUGGUACCGGGUGAACAAGCAGGAGGUGCCCUUCAACGUCGUCUGGCUCUCCGUCUCGGUGGCGUUCGUCAUGGCGCUCACGUCGCUGGGGAGCCAGGUGGCGUUCCAGGCAAUGCUGUCCGUCGCGACGGUCGGAGCGUACAUCGCCUACGGGCUGCCCAUCUUCUUCCGCGUGACCACCGCCCGGAGAUCCUUCGUUCCGGGGCCGUUCCACCUCGGGAAAUAUGGCCUCCUCGUCGGCUGGGUCGCCGUCACCUGGGUGGCCCUCGUCACCGUGCUCUUCUCCCUGCCCGUGGCGUACCCCGUCGCGGAGGACAACUUCAACUACACGCCGGUUUUCGUCGGCGGCGUGCUGUUGCUCAGCGUCGCCUCCUGGGUGCUCCACGCCCGGUUCUGGUUCCAAGGGCCCAUCGCCAAUGUUGACCUGUAAAUAGCCUGUUCUAAACAUACUCAACCAUGAUUUCUCUUAUGAUAAAAUUAGGAUAUGUCUAUAUGCUGCUGGGGUGAUUUGAAAUAUGCGGUCACUCGAGUAUUUUGUAAUGUCAAAUCACACAAAUUAUUGCAUCUCAGAAA